GUUGACAUGUGACGUAGUAGUACCGUUAAGGUGAAGGUCGCAGGAAUUAAAAACGAAAACAUGGCUAGUUUAUUAGAAUCGUAUGAACAACAAUAUUCUGGCGUUACAGCCGAUAUUACAUAUAAUAUUGGUCGUAUUUCUAAUUCUCAUGGAGCCGAAAAACAGACGUACAUUCGACAGGCCGAUAAAUUGUUUGAUGAAGCCAGUGAGUUGCUUGAACAGAUGGACUUAGAAAUAAACGAUCACGAUCCACAAAGUAGAAAAAAAUAUCAGACCAGAAUCAAAAGUUAUAAAACAGAAAUGGGAAAAUUACAAAAAGAUCUGAAAAGAGCAAAGCUUGGAAUAGAUGCUAAUCGUGAUGAAUUACUGGGUGAGGAUACGCACGACUCAGAGGAUCAGAGAACCAGAUUAUUAGACAAUUCGGAGAGAUUAGAACGAUCAUCAAAACGAUUGGAUCAUGGUUAUAAAGUUGUAUUAGAAACAGAACAAAUAGGUACUGAUAUGUUAGAGAAUUUAAAUAGCCAGAGACAACAAAUAACCCGUUCACGUAAUAGGUUAGAAGAAAUGAACAGUAAUCUAGGGAAAAGUUCUCGAGUUCUAUCUGGAAUGAUGAAAAGAAUUAUACAGAAUAGAUUAUUGUUAUUAGGAAUAUUUAUUUUUAUUGUUUUGAUAAUUAUUGUAGCUAUUUAUUUUACUGUUAAACGGCAUACGUGAUAUACAACAUAUUUAAAUGCAGUGUAUAUACAUUAUAUUUAAAUACAAUGUAUAUACCAGUGUUUAUAUUUAAAUACAAUGUAUAUGCAACAUUAUAUUUAAAUACAAUGUAUUUAUAAGUGGCAAA